UCAUGUGACUCAUCACAGCAUCAGAAUAGACAAGAAUUCACUGUGAGCUUCACAUCUCAUUACAGCUAAUGGACCAAUCAAAUCAGUCCACAGCUUCAAAACAUCCAAUCAGGCGUGAGUCUGGACCUGGUUUUCUACUGAACACACAAGUUCAUUACCUCACUAUCACUUUGUCUAAACAGGAACGAUGAUCACACUCUUUGUGGCUCUUUACUCUCUGCUUUGUCUCUGCACAACUGGAAACACUUCUGACAUCAAGGAGCUUCAUGUGAAAACAGUAAAGCCUGGAGAAGCUGUAACUAUGGAGUGUAACAUUAAAAGCAGAAUAAAUUUAGCUUGGUACAGACAGAGUUUUGGAAAAGUGCCUCAGUUUUUUGCGAGACAGUACGGUGGCACUCAGGGCUACAUAUUUGCUACUGGAUUUAAUGAUAGCCGCUUCAGUGUUACUGUAAAAGACCAAAAGUUUGAUCUCAACAUUAAUGAAAUAAGAGAAGAUGAUGGAGGAGAAUAUUUCUGUGGAUAUGUGGAGGGAAGUACAACUGGAAAGUUCACAUCUGGAACACGUCUGCAGUUUGAAGGUGAAGAGAUGAAACCCUGUCCUACACCUGGAACACUUAACAAGAACACACACUCUGUUACACACCAGGGUUCAAACAGCAGAGAUGGAGAAGAUAAAGGGAUGAAACCCUGUCCUACAUCUGGAACACCUAAGACCACACCUCAUGCUACAGAUGGUGGAAAAAGAGAUAUGAUUUUUGCCUUAAUAGCCACCAAUAUAAUAUCUGUUAUUGUAAUUGUGGCUCUGGUUGGAGUUUUACUUAAACAACAAGGAAAAGGUGCUUCAUCAAGCAACCAUCAAAUUCCCACCAAUCAGGCUGAUGAUGAAGAUGUCUUGAACUAUGCAGCUGUGAGUUUUUCUAAGAAACCUUCAUCCUCCAGAACAUCCAGAGACACGAGCCAUCAAGACGUUUAUGCACAAGUUAAAAUAAAAUAGAUAAAGAGAAAUAAAGUCAGAACUGAAAAACAAUAUGAAUGUAAUCAUCACAGUUUGUACACAGAUGUGUUAUUCAGACAAAAACAUUUUUAUUGCUAAAACGUUCAUUAUUAUUACCAAACUGUUUUCUUGUAUUAAUUUGCUCUACCUGAUAGAUCUUUAUUGUUUGCUUGUUUUAUUUCUUUUUCAACUUUUGAUUGUACUCAACGUCCUACACCCUGUUUUUUCCCCUAAAAGUCUAACAUUUGGAUGUUUUUUAGUGUUUGUUUUUAAAACAGUGAACAUGGUUUUUAUAUUUAAUUAAUAAAUAUGUUAAUAAAUCUGUUACAUCCUGAUCACUAAUCCAGGGGCGUAACAUCCUUGUGGUCCCCGGACACUGUGGCCAGUGAUGUGUUGAGAGGAAGCAGACUCAGAAUAGAGGUCAUCCUCAUCUGGGUGUCAACAGAUAUAAAUAAGUGUGAUUAUAAAUAACUUCUCAUCUAGA